AUGGCGCGCCACAAGGUGGACAUCGCUGCACUCAGCGAGACCCGCUUCUCCAAACAAGGUCAACUGGAGGGGGUGGGAGCUGGCUGCACCUUCUUCUGGAACGGCUGCCCCAGGGCCGAUCAACAGGACGCGGACGUCGCCCUUACCAUUCGGAAAGACAUCGCGGAACCACUGCCCUGUCUGCCGCAGGGCAUCAACGAUCGCCUGAUGAGCUUGUGUCUGUCCCUUCGGAGAUUCAACUUCGUCACCAUUGUCACCGCCCACGCCUCAAAAACAACGGACUCGGACGAGGCAAAGGCAAAGUUCUACGAAGUUCUGCAUGCCGUCCUGGCGCCUGUGUCGAGUGCGAAUAGGUUGAUUGUCAUUGGUGACUUCAAUGUCCGCAUCGGGACAAACUGCGCUGCCUGGAGGGGAGUGCUGGGUCCUCAAGGAAUCGUCGGCUGCAGCGAUUACGGCCCCUUGUCGUGCGAACCUUCACUGAACACCGCCUCCUGCCGACCAACAUCUUUUAUUCGCAUGCAGUUGCGGAUGAAACCCGCCUGGAUGCACCCCCCGAUCGCGGUGCUGGCAGUUGCUAAACUAUGUUCUCGUCUGGCAGCGGGAUCAGCAGGAAGUGAUAGUGACCAAGGCGAUCUGUGA